CGGUUGCUCCGAGGAGUGCCUCAAGAAACACGGGUAAAUUGACCGUUUGCGCCAGCUCACUUCACCUGCUUCGGCUUGCUCUACCACCUUGCUACAAUGUUGUCCCGUACUGGCCGGUCGCUGACGAGCAGCGUCGGGCGUCGGGCUUUCUCGCAAUCCGCGGCGCGGAAGAGUUAUGAUGAUACCAUCGCGAAUUUGCGCAUACACAAAGACACCAAGGUCCUAUGUCAGGGCAUGACAGGAAAGACUGGUACUUUCCAUGUCCGAGAGGCUUUGGCGUACGGAACGAAGAUGGUGGGCGGUGUGUCUCCUAAGAAAGCCGGGCAGACGCAUCUGGGUUUACCCAUCUUUGGCUCGGUGAAGGAGGCGGUCCGGGAGACGCAACCAGACGCGACGGUUCUAUACGUUCCUCCACCUACUGCAGCCGACGCCAUUCUUGAAGCCAUCGAGAACGAGAUUGGUCUUAUUGUGUGCAUCACCGAAGGCAUCCCACAAGCGGAUGAGAUAAAGGUCAUGCAUGCGCUGAGGAGUCAGUCAAAGUCGCGUUUAGUUGGACCCAAUUGCCCUGGUAUCAUCAACCCGGAGGGGUGCAAAAUGGGCAUCCAACCAGGUCAUAUCCAUAAGCCUGGCAAAAUUGGAAUUGUCUCCCGCUCCGGUACUUUGACGUACGAGGCUGUGGCUCAGACUACCGAUGUUGGAUUGGGCCAGUCCUUAUGCGUUGGCGUCGGCGGUGACCCAUUCCCUGGAACCAAGCAUGUCGAUGUCAUCAAGGUGUUCCUUGACGACCCCAAGACUGAGGGUAUCGUCAUCAUCGGUGAAAUCGGUGGUAGCAUGGAGGAAGAAGCUGCGGAGUACCUGGAACAAUACAACAAGACUCGCAGUAAUCCAAAGCCCGUAGUCGGCUUUAUUGCUGGCCGCACAGCGCCUCCAGGUCGCCGAAUGGGACAUGCAGGUGCAAUUAUCGCUGGCGGCAAAGGAGCCGCCGGAGAUAAGAUUGCGGCCCUGCAGAAGGCCGGGGUGAACGUCGUAGACAGUCCUGCAAUGAUCGGUCCGAAGAUGCUCGAGAUCAUGAAGGCGGCAGGCUUGGCCUAAACACUUAGAACACUCACGGGGUCUGAAUACUCUAUAUGCUCUGGAUUCUUGUUGUACCCAAUGCCUUCCCGUAAUAUACCACGCCGUUGGGCCAUUCCUGAGGCUGCGGAGCAAAUUAGGAUUGCUAGUCGAGUUCAUACAUUUGGUACAACUACACGACCGGACCAAGAAUAAUCUUACUGUCUAUUAGUUUCAUGUCUCACGUCUCUUCGACCUUGGGUUCGGGAUUCAUGUGACCAGAUUCAGGCGCUACACCUCCCGCAUCGAACCCUAAGGCUCUAGUGAUGUCUUCCACAUGUUCAUCAUAAAAUUGGAUCCAACUUGCAGACGUUCGACAAGGUGCUUGAUUCUCCAGCCUCUGGAACGUCUGCUCUUCGCUUUCAUUAGGAUCAUUGGUCAUCAAAAAAUGCACCAGAUAGUUGAGCUCUUGGUGGUAUAUAUCAUCUGCAGAUCCACCAGCUUGGCUAACUUCCCCGCCACCGCCUCCAGUACCAUGGGACACACCAUCCGGAGUAGGAGCGUCUGCAGCACUUUGCGGCUGCAUACGUGAGGCGGAAACCCGCUUUCUGACGGAGUCAGUCCACGCAUUCAUCCUACCGACAACGGUGCUCCAAGAGCUAGGCGUGUGAUUGGGCAUCUUCGCUGCCAGCUUUUGGGCAAUUCGCGUCCCGCUCGUAGUAGGAUCCCUCGUCAGGCACAGCUCAAUGUAAUCCCUCGCAUACUCUCGCUCUUCGUCUGUAAACAGAUACUUCCCAGUGGGAAGCAGGAUGGUAUUAGUAGGGGGCGGCGGGGAAUCCCCUACGCCUCCUCCGUCGUCGUCACCCGAAACCGGGACUAUCCUCGUCCUCCUCGUCCUCUUAGCCGAGGCAGCCUUGCUCUUCGCAGGCGUCCCCUUCCCGUUAGCCUUGGUCUUGUUCUUCGCCUUCUUCCGCCUGCGUUUCGGGUCCGGAUGCUCGAGGAUGUAGUUCUCAGGAUCGAGCAGCGCGUUCUCUUCGACGCAGUCCAGGACAAACGUAGGCUGGACGGGAACCUUGCCGUUGGCCUCCGUGCUGUCGUACAGAGCGUUGAAUGUCUUGGAGCGCGUGUACAGGAUAAUAUAGUCCGCGUUUUCGAUGUCCGGUGUGAUCUUUCCACCGUUCUUCUUGAUGGCCUGCAAUACUUGCAUCCGAUUUUUGAGGUCCACCUGCACGUGAAAGAGGAGAGGCUCUCCAGCGUCCGAGAUGAAGAUUUCACCAGGUCUCCGGUGAGAAAGGAUCGUCCGCCGAGGUGGCGACCCUCGCGACGACGAGGCUGUCUGGCUAGGCUGUGAGAGGUCGGGAGUCGCGUCCCUAUGCGAGUCAGCGGGCUCCUUACCCUUCGAUCGCAUAGGGGUCGAAACAGAGGCAGCAGACGCUGACGGCGAGGGCGAAGGUGAAUAGGAAGAAGGUGACAAGGAGGGCGGCGUUUUGCGUUUAUGAGAUGACGAAACGGGUCUAGAGAAGGGCGAUUGCGCAUCUCUCGAGGUCUGCGAAGACG